UUGAAAAUCUGACGGUAGACGUUUCCUCGGAUGAAGAGUCUUAAGAAGUAGGACUCCUCUCUCUCGAACUCGAGGCAGAGACAUGAUAUGUGCAGAUCUAAACAACGAAACUGUGAACUCGGUCGUUGGCUUAUCGUAACGAUCGAUCAUUGUUGUAAUAGCAUAGCAACCAUGGAAGCAGAAGAAGAAGUAGAAGUUAAGCCGCUCGAUAAGGUCCCAGCUUCCGGCUACACUACUAGUAACAGCAACGGCGGCUCAGGCUCGGCCUUCUCGAUAGCUCACUCCACUGCGGCUCGACCAUUGUCGGCCUCGUCGAGGCCUUGGUCUUCUGCUACAAUCUUCAUCUCCUUCAUCGUUGUCAUCGUUGUCUCAGGAGUCUUCAUCUCCGGGUUCGAUGUCGGAGUGUUCAAAUCGACGCCGGUCUCCUCCUUCACAAAGGGCAUCGACUCCACCGGUUCAUCUUUGAGCCCGUCCCAGUCCCAUCAGGUCGUCCGCGAGUACCCUCUAAACUGUACUCCCGUCGCGCAGCAAUGCCCCGCGAGCUACUACCCUACCACGUCGAUUCAGCUCGACUCGGACUACACCACUGCCUGCCCAGACUACUUCCGGUGGAUCCACGAGGACCUCCGCCCAUGGAGGGACACGGGGAUCACCCGGGAAGCGAUCGAGUCUAGGAAGUCGCUGGCCCACUUCAGGCUCGUCGUCUACAAGGGGAAGGCUUACUUGGAGCAGUUCCACAGGGCGUGGCAGACUCGGGAUGUCUUCACUCUGUGGGGGAUCCUUCAGCUUCUGAGGGUGUUCCCGGGGAGGGUUCCCGACCUUGAGAUGAUGUUCUGCUGCGAGGACCUCCCAGCACUCCCGAAGAAGGACAAUCCGGUGCCUGAGGGGGCUGCGCCGCCCGCAAUGUUCCACUACUGCAGCCAUGACUCGGCCUUCGACAUCCCCUUCCCCGACUGGACCUUCUGGGGUUGGCCAGAGGUGAAUAUAAAGCCAUGGGCGAGCACGCUGAAGGCCAUAAAGGAAGGAGCCGCGAAGACCAAGUGGAUGGACAGGGAUCCCCAUGCCUUCUGGAAGGGCAACCCAGCAACUUCCCGGAAACGGCGCGACCUGAUGCGCUGCAAGCCCAAAAUGCUCAUGGACUGGAGUGCCCGCCUCUACAAUGUGGAUUGGGGUCGCGAGAGUUUGGGUGGAUUCAAGGGAUCAAGACUAGAAGAUCAAUGCACCCACAGGUACAACAUCUAUGUAGAGGGACGGGCAUGGUCAGUGAGCGAGAAGUACAUUCUAGCAUGCGACGCAACAACCUUACUGGUUAGGCCUGAGUACUACGACUUCUUUUUCAGGGGAAUGAUCCCCAUGGAGCACUACUGGCCCAUCAGGCCUGAUAACAAGUGUCCCGACAUCAAGUUUGCCGUCGACUGGGGCAGCAAUCACACCUCCGAGGCACAGAAGAUCGGAGAGGAAGGGACCCGGUUUGCGCAGGAGAGCCUGAGCAUGCAGAGAGUGUACGAGUACAUGUUCCACGUGCUGAGCGAGUACUCAAAGCUCCAGAGGUUCAAGGUCACGGUGCCUCCUGCUGCGGUCGAGAUCUGCGCCGAGUCAAUGGGGUGCCCCGCAGAAGGCCAAGUGAAGGAGUACGUGAUGGAGACGUUGGUGACUUCCCCAAGCAGCGUGCUGCCUUGCUCAAUGCCACCUCCUUAUGAACCCAAUGAGCUUCGGGAGUUCAUACAGAGGAAGGAGAACAUCACCGGGCAAGUGGAGAUGUGGGAGGCUGAGUAUUGGGACAAUCUCAUGGAGAAAACAUACUUCAAUUUAUUCAUCUUCUGGUCUCUCUUUCUUCUUCUUCUUUUUUUCAUCUCGAGAUUCAUUUGCUCGCCUUGUAUCCAGAAAUAAUUCACGGCUCUCGUCAUGCAUGUGAGGCUAUUAUUUGCUUCUGUCACUUCUUACC